UACUGCGCCGCUAAUUACUACAUCGCAUGGAUGUGGCACGUAGAUAACAAUUUGGGUGGGCGUGACUCGUGAGGAAAGGUGGGGAUAAUUUUGGGUAAUGAAUUGGUCUAGAUGAUGAACAACAGAAGCCUCGUGUCGCGCCCUUGAUUCUCCUUGUUCCUCGUGGUUGAAUCCCUGUGAGAUGAGUACCUCUGUUUAAAUUCAGGUACGAUUGCCUUUUGUUUUGGUGCCAUAUGGAUCAAAGUUUGUUUGGGUUCAAUCAUAUGGUUUGAAUGUGGCGUUAUGGAAUUUGAAAUGGUGGGAUGGGUGUGUUAAAGCGUGGAGUUGUGCUGAUUUGGGGAAGUAAUGUGGGAUUGUAGGGACCAUGUUUUGAUGAUGGCCCAGAAGGUGGAUUCCGAGAAUAGGAGUAGUUUUUAUCAGGGUGAUGCUGCAACUUCUCUUGCUUUUUCUAAAGAUUUGUUGCAGAGGUUGAUGAUGGAUAAGGAGGAGGAGAGUGGGGAUGAGGUGGAGUUGAAUUUGGGCUUGUCUUUAGGAGGUUGUCAUGUCAAGGCAAAGAAGGAGAAGGCGGUGUCUGUAAAUUUGCAUCUUGAUCUGCAUAGGAAGGAUUUGAAUUGUGAGGGUAGUGUAGGGUUGGGAAGAGAUGAGUAUGGUCAUGGUGAUUUUAGGUUGCAGAGACCUGAUAUGGAUGAUGGUAGUGUUGGAUAUGGUUUCGGAUUGAGGCAGGAAAAGAUGUCUAGGAUCCAUGAUCCUCCGAGACCCACAUCACAGCAGCAGCAGCAAGAGAUGUUUACAUCACAACAGCAGCAGGAUAUGCUGGAACAGCAGAGGAAGAGAGAACUACAUGCAUUGAGGAGGCAGGAGGCCAGGAAGAAGAGGGAGGAAAAGCAGCUGCACAAGGCUAGGAGAGAAGCAGCAGGAGGGAUGAGGCCCAUUCAGCCAAACAAGGCGGGGAAAAAUGAAAAUGGGGUUGUUCCCUUGGCUUCACCCUAUGCUGCCCACUUUCCCAUGAGAGGAGGCAGCACUGUUUUAAGUGCUAUGACUAGAGGUGGAAGUAUUUCUAGCGAGGAAGACAAGAAGUUGCUUGGGGCCCAAAUGUCUUCUAUCAGGGAAAAACACAGGGCGGGUAAGGAGAGUGAUUCCUGUAGAUCUGACAGGAAAGAGAAGGUUUCUAAGGCAUCUGAUCAAGGGGACCUUUCAAUCGAGGACAAGAGUUCAAGGACAUCUCAUGAAACUGACAACAUGGUAUCCAGCUCCAAUGGGGGAGGAGACCCCCCUAGCAAGAAUGAAGUCUCGGGUCCAGAGAGAAGUUUACCUGCUUCACAAGCAGCUUAUCCUGUUAUGCCCAUGUCUUAUCCAUUCCCAAUGCUUGCAGGAAAUUCCCACUGCAUGCCUAUGCACCUGGGUUAUACUUACCCAUACAUUAUGCCCUUCUGGCCUGCUACCUCAACCGGUGCACCUGAAUCCUUAAAAAGUACUAUUUCCAAUCCUCCAUUGCCUCCUAAUGUUCUUCAGCCUAUUCCUACUCGUGCAUUUCCUCCCUUUCAAAUGCCCGUUUCAGGGACGUCACAAACAAGUUGGUUUGCAGACCCACAAAAAUGUACGGGAACAGGGCCUACACAUUCUUCUCAUGCAUCAGGAGCAUCGUCUGGAAGGAGCUCAUCGGCAGUUUCAGAGAAUGAGCCCAGGUCUCCCCGAGAGGAGUGUAGUAAUGAUUCAAAGAGUCAAUCGAGCGCCUCUUCUGCCAUGGAAACAUUGCAGAGAGUUUCUUCUCCCAGCAAAACUCUGGAUCAAACUGUGGCAUCAUCAGAAGUUAGUUCUGCCAGCCAAGUAGAACCUCCAAGAUGCCCAGAGGUAGUGGCACAAGAGAAAGUUCCUUCCAAUGCAGCAGUUCAGUCUGCUUUGGCAACUUCAACUACAACUACCAUGGCUGAAAAUCAAAUUACAGAAGCCUCAUCAUCUUCCAAGGCUUCACAACAGGGAUGCUCUUCAACUCCACAAGUAAACAACACUGACUAUGCUAUAACUUCCUCAAACGAUCAAGCUCAUCAAGGGCAGCCCUCAUCACCCUCUAAAACUUGCAAGGAUAAUAAGGCCCAUAAUGGUCAGUCCUUGUUUGCCAAUAUGCCCUGUGUUUCAACCACUGGUGAGGAUGGCAAAACAAUCAAUGGAUUCCUCUACAGUUAUAGAGGAGGUGAAGUCAGUAUUGUAUGCGUGUGCCAUGGCACAUUGUUGUCCCCUGCAGAAUUUGUGCAGCAUGCAGGUCGUACAGAUGUUUCACAUCCUGAAAGACACAUAGUUGUCAACACAUCUCUAUGUGCAGUGCAAGAUGGACCAGCAAUGGGCUAAAGUAUGCUUAUAACCAAUACAGGAUCAAUUUAAGAAAUUGAAAUUUAAAAUUAACAGAUUUUGACAGUACAAGGACUUCUUUGCCAUUUGUGUGGUGGGUGAUUUUGAAAUAGAUCUUUGUAAUACCAUUUGGAAUGUCCAUUCAAGGGCUUGCAAGUGCAUAUGCUAUAUUUAUACUUUUUGAUUCUAACCUGUAAACAAGUGCCAUGAAAAAGGUAUCUGACUUUUCUAAUUA